AUGUCGUUGGAACAGUUGCCUAAUGACGUAUUACUCACGGUAUUCAACUAUAUCAAUACUGUGGAUCUAUUUCGUGCAUUUCACCAUCUCAACGAACGUUUCGACACGCAACUCAGAGUGCAUGUUGCUACACAUAAAGUUGACUUUCGUUGGAUUACCAAACGUGCUUUCGAUAUCUUCUGUCGUACUUCUCUUGGUUCGAUAACCACAAAUGUCACGUCACUUUGUCUAUCUGAUGAUGUUGAAUUUCCAAAUUUAUUCCAUCAUUUCCUUCCAAAUCCAGAACAAAAUUUUCCUACCGACCCUGCUCGGAUUCCAAGAGACUUCGACGGAUAUGGUCAUCAAAUACUCCGUUCAGGAAUUCGUUUCACAAUGCGCCAAUUCGCCAAUUUGAAAUACCUUCAUCUCGAUGUUAUCGAUUUCCUUGAACCAGUAGUUCAACUUCUAUUUGAAUGUCGUUAUCUCUCCCGUCUUACUCAUUUGAAAAUUACACAAAAUAUGGAUUCAUAUCUCACGCAUGCACCUCGUAUCGUUAAUGCAGUUUGGCAAUUACCGAAUCUUUCUCAUUUUCGUUUUGUGUCAAUGAAUACUAUCAAUAUUAGUGAUGUUACCUUAAGUCGAUGCACAUCGCGAACAAUUUUGUCGUUCUCUCUAGAACGUAUUGAGAUUUCAUGGGUGCAAUUCUUCAAUUUACUCGAAAAUUCCCCGAACAUGGCACAUGCUCGAGUAUCUAUUUGCAAGGCAGCAGAAGUUCCAACAAUAAUGCAGAUUAUUCCAUCUAUCACAAAAUUAAAUUUAACAGUCGAAUAUGUACCAAAUGUAUUGGCUCAUAUUUUUGAUUUUAUGCCUAAUAUAGAUCAUUUAACAAUUGAAUUUGAAAACAGUUUAUCUUUUGAAUAUGAAUCUUUCAACGAACAUAAAUGGAAGCAGAUUGUUCUCAAUCACUUACCAAAUUUAAAAGUAUUUAGCUUCUUUUACGUAUUUUUCGCCCCAUAUGAUAUCCAAAUCGAACAAGUUGUUGAUACAUUGCUUGAUACGUUUCGAACUCCAUUCUGGCUUGAUGAACGUCAAUUGUUUGUACAGUGUGACUGGCUUCCAGAAGAUAACGGAAAACCUGUCAUCUUGUACACACUGCCGCAGACGUGUGGUUACAGUUAUGCUUUACACCCUAUGAGAAAAUCCCGAUCUACACAUCCUGCAGUUGAUCGUGAUAGCAUGUUAAGCGAUGUGCCUUCUAUGAAUUUUUCGAAAUCAAUUGACUACAUCAAUCGUUAUUCCUUACGUUCUGUACAGAACAGACAAAGUGCCGACCUUAUGGUUGAACUUCCCGUGCAAGAACACGUUUGGAGAUUCAUUUCAACUUUUGCUCAUUUCACUUCGUUGAGUGUACGUCUAGCGCGUAUGAACUAUCCGUCUCAAUUGCAACAGUUGAUCAACCUUUCGGCAAAUUGUCAUUCGGUAACUCUUGGCAAUAUAUCUCCAGCAAAAUUAGUCGAACUAGAUAUUAAUCAAACUUGCUUACGUCGAAUUGCACUGACGGAAUAUACUUUCAAUGCAGUAGAAUGCUCUGCAUUCGCCAAUUCGCCACUAGGCAAACAAUGCACCAUUCUUCGAAUCGGGCUUACAGAUCGCCGACAUGUGCUUGUCCUUCUUGCUGAAAUGCCUCAACUUCAACAGUUGACGUGUCAGUGCAGUGAUGCUAAAUGGGAUAUUGACGAAUCGUUAGCUGAUGAGAACCAAGAUGAAGUUCAAUGGUUGCGAGAACAACUCCCAAAAACAUAUUCGAUUAAUUAUGUGGAAGAUUCUUUUGUUCGAAUUUGGAUUGUCUAA